GGUGGUCGGGAGCUCAUGUUGCACGUUAUGAUGUGAAGUCCUUGGUGCAUUUUUCUCUGAAAAUGCGAUAAAUAUUGUCCAGUUUCCUGAUUAUAAACUCCGUGUAUCGCUGCGGUUAUUUUCCGGUAACCUGCUGGUGUCGACGGUUCGUCUGGAUUCUCUGAUCCGAAAUGUCUUCAUUAUGGAGCCUCCGGCCGAUGCUGACGUCUCUGCUCCAAGCGUCCCAGCAUGCCUCAGCCUGGACCGGUCCCAUCCUCUCCAGGACGAUGGCCAUCAACCAGAUGCACCGCAAGGGGAAACCCAAAACGCCUCCUAAGCCUAUCAGCGCCACGUUCGGCCGUCCGCAGAUGAGGGCGGUGAUCCUGAAGACCAUGAUCCGAAAACCCAAGAAGCCCAACUCCGCCAACAGGAAGUGCGCUCGAGUGCGGCUGUCCAACGGGAAGGAGGCGGUGGUGUUCAUCCCCGGGGAGGGACACAACCUGCAGGAGCACAACGUGGUGCUGGUGGAGGGCGGGAAGAAGCAGGACCUGCCCGGAGUGAAACUGCGAGUGGUGCGAGGGAAAUAUGACUGUGCUCACGUGGUGAAGAAGAAACAGUAGAGGAGCAACGCCGCUGUGUGUGUGUGUGUGUGUGUGUGUGUGUCCGAUGUCUCAUUAAUAAAUGUGUGUGUUCUUCUUAUCACGUGGGUGAAUUUCUCGAGAGUCAGAUUUUAGACGCAGAUAGACGUCACAUACACA